UUCUGUGCCAUGUUUACAGCACAUCUUACAACUUACAAUUAGAAUGACAAUUAUUUUUCUAAAUGUCAGAAGGCUCUUAGAGCAUUUUUAUUGGUGUAAUAUCUUAGAGCACUUCCAACAACAAUAUCUUAACAAUAAAAUUAAAGAAAAAUUGAAAGAAAGACAAAGAAAAAUAUUUCAAAAUUGAUACUUUUAGAUACGAUACCAUAAGCGUAUGAUUCCACAUGUCUGUUUUUAAUUGGUUCAGUUUAUCAAAAAUGAUUAAUUUUAAUUAAAUUAAUGUUAAAAUAAUAAUAUUUUUUAGUUAAAAACUUCAUUUUGAGAAGCUUACCAAUAAGAACAUCCUUAUUGCUAGGACCAAGAUGAAGUUUCUUAGGAUAGUUUAUUAAUAUAUGUAGAUUAAGAGAUGAAGUUAAGAUACUUGCGUAAAAGUGGAGAUUAUUGGUAGAUAAUUUUGUUGGUUCUUAGUUAAAUAGAAUUUUUUUUAGUAAGUUAUUUGUGUUUAAAAUAAAACAUAUAACAUUAAAAUAGAAAUAUAAGAAAACUACAAAGUUGAAAAAACAAUUACAAAGUUGAAAAAAAAAACUUUGUAGUUUGGUGGAUAUGUUUGUUCUUCUUCUUUAAAGAGUUAAGUAUAACAAUCUCACAAUACCAGGUUAGCUUAAUUACAAUCUCACAAUAGACGAUUAAAACUUUGUAAAAAAAUUUCAUUGAUUGCAAACCCGGGGAUUAUCACACGAUUAUCAAACUUUGUUAAAAAAUGUCAAUCCCCCAUGAACAUUCAAACAAGAUUUUCAAACAUAGCUAACCUUAUAUCUCAUAUUUUAAAUUUUAAUUAUCUCACAUAAAUCAAACCCUAAUUCAGAAAGCAAUCAAUGUAACUAAAUUUCCAUUCGAUUAUUUCAAUUUUAUUUUCAAGAUUUUCACAGAGGAGAAAGACGAACCAUGCACAAACCAAAUAAUCAGAAACAGCAAUGAUAUCAUCACAACAAAAUCAUCUAAAUCUCUAAACAGAGGAGGAACAGAUACUUGUUUAGAUUUGAAUCGGCGGACGAGAGGAUUUCGAUUAGGGCAAUGGACGUAUGCGGAGGUAAGAACAGAUCGAUGAAAUCGAUGUGAUGACGGAAGAAGAAAUUAGAAGAAAGAUUGACAUUUCAAUUUUGCCACCUACUCGCCCUCGAGAGAGUUCGAGAGAAGAAGAAAUAAGAAGAACGAGAGAGAGACACUCCUUUCCCGUACACAAACCCUACACCCAACUAACAUGUGACCACUGCCCCUGAAAGACGAGCUCAAGAACUUCUUAAUUAAGAAAUGAGAUGGCCCGUUUUCAUUUUUCUUUCGAUCCAUAUUAGUUAAGAAAUGAGCUUAAGAUAUGGUGAUAACCAUGCUCUACUGUUGCUCUUACUUAAGAUUCUAAACUUAAAAAAAAGUAAUAUUUUAAUUAAAUUUUAGUUAAUGAAUUAAUUUUUAGUUUUUAGAAAAAAGGUUAGUUUGACACAUUCAUUAUAAAUUUCUAAAAGUAUCUUAAAAGUCCUCGUUUAAUUUUUUUUAUGUAUCUCUCAUAAUUUCUAUAAUUCCUUUUUAAUUAUUUAAAAAUUCACUAAGUAUCUAUUGAUUGGAGGUGCUCUUGCGAUUAUAAAAUGCAUUCAUGAUGAAAUGGGCUCCUUUUAUAUUUUACUACCAAGUGGAGAAAGUUUUAGUCGAUCGAUUGAAUUAAAUUAUAAAGAUAUGACAAAAGUGGAUAUUUCAUUGAUUCUUUCAAGAAACUUGCCUAUAUCUUAAAAUAUAGAUAUGUCCGAACUCUGAACAGAGGAGGUGGAGCGGGGCUGAAUCGGAUCGGAGCGGUUCAGACUUCAGAGUGAUGUCUUUAUAGACAUAAUUAUUUGAAAUAUUUAUAGAAAAUGCUACUUAAAGAAACUUUUGGAAUAGUGGUGUUUAACUUUUUUCUUUUUGUCCACUAAAAGUUAAUCCAUAAUACUAGGAGUUUGUAAAUUUUAUUUCUUAACUAUUCUUGUGUUAAAUUUUAAGAAACAAUUUUAGUGGAAUUUUUCAAUAUAUGAAACCAUAGUGUAGACAAAAAAAUCGGGAUCUUUCUUGCUUUAAACUUUUAGUUUUCCCUUGUUUGGGACUUAAGCCUCUCCGAUCUUGGAGCUUCGUCUCCGAGGAUUAUGAACCUGCUGGCAAAGUGUUCUAUCAAUGUAUCCCACCAAUGUAAUGAGUUUACCUCUGUUAAUGAAAUUUUAGUGUUAAAAAAAGUGUAGACAUUUUCUAUAGGUAAAUAGUGUAUUUUCUAGUGCGAUUUUGUGAAACUGGAUAAAAUUCACAAUAGUUUUUUUUUUUUUUGUUAGAGUAGAAUGAGUAAGAAAACUCUUAUAAAAUCUCUUUUUUGUCAAGUUUUUAAUAACUUUUCUGCAUAAGCAAUAGCUGUAUAUUCAGAAUACCUUAUUAAAUGAGACCAAGUGGUAAAGAUGCUUCUGUCGGCAUUCACAUUCAAAUGACUAAGUUACCCGAUGUGUAAAAUCUAAUUGCCAAAGAAGAAACAAAGAGGAGACAUAUCAUUCUAUAAAUAUACAUGAUGAUCAGUUAUCGUAAUUCACAUGGCAAGUCCCAAAUAAAAAAGUCCAAAAAUAUAUACAAAACAAUGGUUUCCCGUGAGAUCUUCUUACUACUCUCACUUAUCCUUCUCAACCUAGCAAACACAUCGCAGUCUUAUGAACCAAAGGUUCAAGCAUUUCUACACCCUAUUUACAAAGACAAGGCCACAAAUCUCUACUCUUUGCCUUUAUCCAUUGGCACGGAUCUCCCUAGCCAGAACUUCCUCAUCGACCUCAACGGAGCCGCACCGUUAUUGCUAAACUGUGCCACCGCGGCCAAAUCCCCUUCAUACCGCUCCAUCAAAUGCGGUUCCACAACAUGCAAAUUCGCAAACCCUAGCUUUUCCUGUCCGAACAACACCACCAAGAAGCCUACCUGUGGCAAUUACCUCUCAACUUCAUUGACUAACCGACCAGUCAAUGCUAGGUUCCUCCGAGACGCCUUCUACUUACUAUACACUCCUAAUGGAGUAUACCAUAUGGACAGCGAAAAGAUCUCUACGUUGACUUUGACUUGCACUGAUGAUGCAACUGCCUUAAAGUCUAUACCCUCGGCUUUCAAUGGGUCCAUUGGUCUAGCUAACACUCAUAUAUCGAUUCCCUCACAGCUUGUCUCUAUGUACAAGUUUCCUCCUAAGAUGUCACUUUGCUUGCCUUCCACGGAAGGAAUGGAGUCGUACUCCGGUGAUCUUUGGAUCGGUGGAGGCCCUUAUUAUUAUAUGCCUUUCAGUAAAGAUGUCACCACGAUCUUCGCCUCCACGCCUUUGAUCAGUAGCAACUCUGGUGAGUACUUAAUCGAUGUGAAGUCCAUCCAAAUCGGUGGAAAGAACAUUCCUAUACUCCAUGGAACUACAAAGAUCAGCACAUUGGCUCCUUACACUGUCCUUCACACUUCCAUUUACAAGGCUCUUCUCGCAGUUUUCACCGGAAGUGCUAAGAUGGUCAAAGCUCCGGCGGUGAAGCCGUUCGGUGCGUGCUUCCGCUCCAACGGAGGACGUGGAGUUCCGGUGAUCGAGCUUGUGCUGAGAGGAGGGGCUAGGUGGAAGAUUUACGGGUCGAACUCGCUGGUGAAGGUGAAUCAAAAUGUGGUUUGCUUAGGGUUUGUUGACGGAGGUGUGAGUCCAAAGAGCCCUAUAGUGAUCGGAGGGUUUCAAAUGGAGAAUAAUUUGGUGGAGUUUGAUGUCAAAGCUUCCAAGUUUUCUUUCUCUUCUUCUCUUUUGCUUCACAACACUUCUUGCUCAAUUUCUAGGUUCUUUGGAAUGUAGUGCACAUGACUGAUUAUCGAUGUUAUGAAAGUUAUCAUCUUUCUUACCAAUAAAUUUAAGUCAAUGAGAUCUAACAGUGUCUUUUUCAAUCUGUUGUACUUUGACAAGAAAGUACACCAGAUCAUUCUGAGUUCUGACAUAUUUUUAAAAGAUAUAACACCGACAGUACAUAGAUAUUUGUAAGAUAUAACUAAUUUUUUUUCCUAGCUUCCGAUACCAUUCUAAGUUUCUAACAUUUCUCUCGAGAUACAAGGCUAUAUAUGUCUAUCAGCAAAUAUCUGAAUAGAGUUUUUUUUUUCGAGCAACUUCUGAAUAGAGUUUUAAACAAGUAAAAACAAUAUAAAACUCAAAACGUAUGAAAAAAUAAAAAAAUUGAGAUCCUGUGUCUCUUUUGAGAGAUAACAAACAAGAACCCCUUAAAAAUUAUUGGACACUUAUCACCUUUUUAAAUCAUUAGUUUUGUCUAUAUAUUAAAUCUAAACAAUUAAAAUUAAUCAGAUUCAAUAUUUUAUUAUUCAGAAUUGCAAGUGAGUACUGUUGAUGUUUCUCUAAUAUAAGUUCGAUAAAACCUUAUUUUAAUCUGAAUUUCUUAUUUUAUCAACUCUGCUCACAACACAAGAUAUACCCAAGUAUAGAUAUCUAAUCAAAGACCCUUUUUACUUUUAUGUUUGACGUUUAUAUUAACGAGCUGCGAGGAAUCGAUAAGUGUCUGUUAGCGAGACCGAUGGACCCAUUAAAAGCCAAGGGAUAUGCUGUAACACUAUUUUUUUCUUUACAUUUUACACUAAAAUAGAGUAACUUUAUUAUAGAAUUGUAUUGCUUUAAUAGUUUACUGUAUAAUAAAAUUACACUAUAAUAUAGUAAAAUAUAGAUUAAUGCUAUAUUUUUACUCUAUUUUAAUGUAAAAUAAAAUAAUCAUAUUAUAGAGUAAACUAUUGCAGUAAAUUCAACUCUAUUAUAGAGUUACUAUAUUUAGCGUAAAAUAUUAAGAAAAGAUAGUGUUCUAUUAAAGAUCGUCUAAGGCCGCGUAGCAUCAGUGCAACUCGAAGUCAAGUUAGAGCUCUUUUCAGUGCCUAUUAGGCUUGGGCACAGAUCGGAUAUCUGAGUUUUGAAAGUAUUUUUGAUUUGCUUUGUAUACCACGAAUGUCUAAUUUUUCGAUUUGCUUUGCUUCGGAAAAAUACGGAUAUUCGGAAAACGGAUAUCCAAAAAAUAAAUAGAUAUUUACGGAUAUUUACGAAUACUUACGAAUAUCUCAUAUAUGCAAAUAAUCUUAAAAUUUUGAUACAAAUUUUAUUUUAUAAAAUAUUUUUUUGCAUGAUAUAUAAGAUAAAAAUUAAAAGAAAUUGUGAAAUAUUUAAGUUUUCUAGAACAUAAUAUAGAAGAACGAUUCAGCCAAUUAUUUUAUGUUUCUGUAAUAGAGACUCCUAGUGGAGUUAGAUUGGGAAUCUCAAAACUUUGAUUGCCUAGAUAUCUAACGUUUAAUUUGGAUUAACUAAUAUACACUUUGCGUUUUCUAGACUGCUUUAUAUUAUUAGAAGCUUUUUACAUAGCAAAAAUUACUUUAUGCAGUUUAUACUAAUGUUCUAAAACUUGAUUUAAAUGGUGUCUAAACGUACAUCUAAGAGCAGCUCGAACAGUGGAGUCUGUAUGAGUAUCUGAACUUUAAAAAAAAUAAAUUAGUGAAAAAUUAAGAAAGAAAAACGUAAAAGUUUCUGAAAAUAGACCUGGUAAAAUACUUUCAAAACACAGAACGCACAUCGAACCUUUUCUGAUUGAUCAAAAGAGAAAAGAAUUAUAAAAAAAAUUCAAAACUAAAUUGCUAUCAAAAUAUUAUUUUUUAUCACUAAAAACUUCAGAUAGAGGGAGCUGCUCUAAACCUUAGUCAUAGUUAUACACUUUCAUUUAAUCUAGCAAAAAUAUCUCUUAAAUUAAUUAUGUUUCGUUAAUUAGCUAGGUUUUGUUUAAUCCCUUAUAUAUUAGUAAAAGAGAAGCAUUUGCAAUAAAUAAUAAAUAUGACACACAUUGACAUGUGACAACCUCACAAUUAUUUUCACUUUAGAAUGUUUACGUAUCAAUCUCAUAGUCAUUUAGAAAUUAAUGUGUUCACACACUAAUUUUUUUUAAUCAGUUCAUUUUUAGUUUUCGUAUUUUUAACUUUUGUAUUAGUGAAUUGAAGUUCUCUCUAGGCAAGUAAUGAAUAAUAUCAUUGUUCACAUCAACUAAAAUGCCGAAAUGAUAGUUUUUUUUAGAAAUUGUUAGUUUCAUAUCUUGCUGAAUUUGGCCAUGGUUGAAGUUUAUGCAUAUGAAAGCAACAAAUAAUUGUAAUUGGUUAUGAAUUAGGAAAAUGAGAUGAAAAACGCUAUACACAAAGUUGGAUCUUUAGUUUAGCCAAGUAUUGUUUUUAUUUACAGAAUUUUCAUAUCAAAUCAUGAAUUAGAAACAUAAUCAGAUUGUUAGAAAAAAUCAUAAGUCAUAAAAUCUUUUAAAAAAAGGAAAAUCCGCGAAAUCAAUUGAAAACAUAAUUCAUGUACCGAGUAAAGAGACAUUAUUUUUAACUACGACAAUAUUGACACGACGCCCAACCAUAUAUAUAAAAAAUGUAAGUUUGGAUAAAAUAUUUGGAUCCGAAGAACCAAACUAAACUUGAUUUGAAAGUAAUACUAAACACAAACUAAAACUGAUUAAGUACUCAAAUGAAAAUAAAAGUUUAAAAACCGGAUAACCAUAUCCGAAUCCAAUCCAAACUGAAAUAUUUUG